UCUUAUGCAUGAUUGCAGACCCAUUAUAAGGUGCCUGAUGAUAUGGUUGAGCAAGGGAAGGCGGUACUGACUAGGGCUUGUCAGAGGUUGACAAGGCAACAGUGGUACAAUCAGAAGCAUACCUGCAUCGGGCACUUCAAGGCUGAGCAGGGCACGAGGGUCAAGAAAGCUGACAAUAUCAGGGACGAUCCUCAGCUGACAAAGGAAGAUUACUUGAAGGUUAUGCCCCUAUGGUGCGAGAAUAAGGAAGACGCAUUUGAGGCCUUGGUAGCGAGGUGGGUUGGCGAAGAAGCCGACUUCAACGCCAAGAGCGCGCGCAAUAAGGCAAACCGGGGCACUGGAGGAACACACAGUGCGGGAAGCCGCAGCACUGAGCGCUACAGGAAGCACAAGGAGGCGGAACUCGGGGAGCCUCUCACCGAGGUGGGAGGGUGGCAGAAGAUGAAGCUGAAGCAGCCCGAUCUGAGCCAGCCUCAGCCCUCGCUGCCCGAGUACUUCGGCUAUGCCGAAGAGGAGUUGGAGAAGUACUGCUCGGUGUUCAAGGGUCUUCAUCCGGAGGUGGAUGAUCCUAUUGAGCAGGAGACCGACUUGACGGCGAUUAUGGUGGCGGGGAGCGGCGCGGAGCAUGGCCGCACGAAGCUUCUUAGUGGGGUGAUCAAGCCGCAGAGGACCCUCACGCAGAUCAGGUCUACCCUCACCACCGGCGACCCACCGGUCGCGCCUCCUCGACACCGUCGUACGGAUGCUCACUUUGAGGCCGCCUACGCGGCCGCUUAUGAGAAGUAUUUGACGGUUGUAGCAGAGUGGGACCUCAAGAGAGCGGCUUGGGAAGAGUACCAGGAGGCGACGAGUCGUGUAAGUUCCAAUCUUUUAUGGUUCGAAGACAUGACAAGUCCCACCUCCCCUUUUUUUAUAUCUGCAGCGCUUGACAUCUAA